CAGAAGUCUAACGUGGAGUUUACUGAACCGUGUCCAGAUAAUUUUUUUUUAAAUGUAUGUUAUGUCAGAAAAUUGAAUUCACCCUCCAUGUUCAGCCAUCCGUGCAAAUUUUGAAUGAACCUGUCAUCCCGCUAGCCGUCUGCCCGAGCCACGCGACCUCCCCGCACCCACCCCGCACCCAUGCCUCCCCCACACAUCAUGUGCGAAGACAACAAUCUGGGAUUUCAUUUUGGCUGUGACGCCGACGGGGGACGGAGUUGUCUCCGCUAGCAGGGGAGAGAAAUGAUCGACAGUUGAACCAGACUGAUGGAGUGGACUCCCUUUAUCAGGGGAGAUAAUGUUUUUAUUUUUAAAAUAAAAAUAAACAAACAACGCUAUGAAUCACUUUAAAUGUUACUUCACCUGAAAGACUUUGUGGAUAAUAUAUUUCAAAACUGGAUAUUAUUUGAUUCAAGUGUUUUAAAAAAAAUGUCAGCCGUGGUCAAUUGUUGGACAUACAUCCUGUUUAUUUUGCUGUACGGAGUGUUGGAUGCCGUGGGGUCCAACAUCCACAGUGGAUGUGGAGGGUGGCUGACGGCAUCCAAUGGAUCAAUCCAGUCACCGAACUACCCCCACAGGUUCCCUGUGCCGAUCAACUGUAGCUGGGUCAUCCACUCGCCGAGUAAGGACAACAAGAUCACCAUCUACUUUACACAGGUGUUCGUGCGCCACUCCCUGUACAUCACUGAGUACGAGAACUACACGAGUCCCCAGGUGUACGACAAGAGGAGUGUGCUGGGGGAGUACAAGAUGGACCCUAAUGAGGAGGACAUCACCUCGAUAUCCUCAUACAGGCCGUACGUGGUGAUCGACCUGCGGGUCAAGGACGAGAGCAGCAUCCACCUGCAGGUGGACGAGUACCUGCGGGACUUCUACGGCUUCAACAUCUCCUACACCAUCAGUCCAGUGGACACGCCCCUGGCGGAGGAGUGCAGCGUUAGGACCUGCUCGUAUCUUGGGCACUGCUAUAUCUCGUCAGAUUACAGGUGA